AUGUCGUCGCUUUUCUCGCAAGAGAAAAUCGACAAGCUGGCAGAUAAGCUGGGAGUCUUCGUUUCUGUCGCCAGCGAAAAGGUCAAGGAAGUUACCGAGAAGACGCUGAGCAAAGACAGCCCACUGGAGAAGAACCUGAAAGAGGCGACGAGCGACAAGAACUGGGGAUGUCCGACGUCGGUGCUGAGCGAAAUUGCCAGGUGCUCCUUCAACUGCACGGACUACAUGCAGAUUAUGAAGUUUCUGUGGACGGCUCUGGCCGAGCCUCCGAAGAAAUGGAGACGAAUCUACAAGACCCUGACGCUGCUUGAGUACCUUCUGAAGAACGGAAGCGAGCGCGUGGUGGAGGAGACGCGAGAAAAUCAGUUCGCUCUUCGUGUUCUUCAGCAGUUCAGCUUCACGGAGGAAGGCCGAGACAAAGGAGCAGGAAUUCGUGAAAAGGCGAAGCUCGUGUGCCGACUGGCCUUCGAUCCGGAGCUGCUGAAAGAGGAGCGAGAGCUAGCCCAGAAGAACAGAAACAAGUUCGUGGGGAUCGGCGCACGCGGCGAAAGGACAGGCGCAGGGUUUUCUUCCUUUAGCUCCAGUUCUUUCUCGGGGUCUGCCUCCUCGUUCUCUUCUUUCUCCGGAAGCAAUGUGGGAAAUCUCGGCAGUCGCGCGCGAGCCGGCGAAGUCCACACGGCUGGGCGGCCGUUCGGCGCGUCGCGCUCCGCUGGAGCUGCCGGUGUGAGUUCGGCAAAAUCGCGAGACGGACGACAGAGCCCAACGAACUCUCUGCAGCGAGGCGAGGCAGAGGGAAGUAGCGAGAGACGGGCGUCGCCGUCGGGCAGUCCCCAAGCGCAUUCCAGCAAGGGUCGCGCAGAAGAGGAGAGGAAAGAGCGAAAAAAGGGUAGCUCCGGAAGCAAGAAGAAGGAAGACAAGGAGGAAGGAGAAAAACCUCGACGCAAACACCGCGUCAACGGCCAACUCACUCCCGGCGACGACCUGCUGGCUCUGGAUGAGCCGCCGAGCUCGACGCGCGCGGAGGGGGGGACUGCCUCGGCCGCUCCGUUCCCCUCCGAUUCUCUCUUCGGAAACGGUAGGCACGUGCUGUUCCACGCAAAACACCAGGCCCUGGGUCCGCACAGAACUUUGGACUUCUUCGGCUCGCCAGAAGAAAGCCGGCAGUCGGACCUGCACGGCGCGCUCUGGGACUUGUGUCUUACUGUCUCCGUUGGUGUGUCUCCUCCCUACCUCGAUCCCAAUGACAACUGGGGCAAUUUCACUGCGGCGCCGGCCUCAACAGCCGCGCCCGCGAACGGCGCCCAGGCGAACACUGCGAGCAGCAACCUGCCUUUCGAGUUGUUUCCUUCCUUUCCUGGCGGAAAUCCGUGGAGCGGCGCGCCGGCGAUGGGCCCUAACGGCAACGCGAACAGCAACGCGUCCAGCGACUUCUUCGGGAAUUUCCAGGCUGCACCAUCGCAGCCGGCGUCGGCGCCCACCGGGGUUCCGGCGGCUCCUGUCUCCUCCAUCGACUUCUUUGCCGACGCAUCGCCCGCCGGACCCCCCCCUCCGAAUCAAGGCCCAGCUGUCAUGGCUCAGCCUCCAACAGGCGCCGACAAAAAUCCCUUCUCCCCCCCAGCCGCCGCCUCUGUCGCUCCACAGGCACCAAAGGACGGUUUCUUCUCGGAUUCGCGAUUCGCCAUGUUGAGCAUGAACCUCACAGAGAACGGGACCCAGUCGCGGGCUCACCCGGGAGCCGCCGGCGCCGCGUUUAGCCUCACGUCUCCUGGCCCCUCCUUCUCUGUCUCUGGCCCGAAUUUGAACGCGAAUCGGACACCACAGCCGACAGGUUCUGACACUGCCGGCGUCCCCGCUGCUAUGGCGGGUCCCGCGUUUUCUGCGAACGCUGGAUUGUCGAACGGUUUCCCGGCCCCGCAGGCGCCGGCGGCUUCGCCCUUUUAUGGUCAGGCACCUUCCGCUCCGUUUGGAGGCCCUCAAGCGGCUCAUCCGACUUUCCCUCUUCAGCCGACGCCUCAAGCCGGCUGCUCGGCCACUGCGUUUCCUGCCUCGUCCUCUACUCCUUUCUGUGGAGCCCCAGCAGGCGCCGGCAGCGCGGCGGGAGGGGCCUUCGGAGCCUUUCAGACAGCCGCACCCGCGUUUGGAGCCCUAGGCGGCCAGCCCUCUGGAGGCGUGGGCGGCGCAGCUGUGCUGUCCCCGUUUCCAGGGUCGCCUGCCACGACAGGGUUCUGA